CCACGUUCAUCUUUUGUGUAUUUAUCAUUUUACCUUCUUUAAUUACGUGUUCUUCUAUCCCAAAAUCCUGCAAAUUUAUAACUAUCUUCCCAUAUUUCUCUCCCUUUUUCUCUUUCUUUUUGUUAUCUAUUUUACUACUUCUAUUAGUAGAGCUUUAUUGGAUAUAAAGUUAUCUAUAUUGGAUAUAGUUUUUACUUUUUUUUAUCUUGUUGGGGAAAAAAAGAGUAAAAAAUAGGGUGUACAAAACAAAAAAAGUAGUGAUCAAUCAUGUGUGGAAUUUUGGCUUUGUUGGAUUGUUCAGAUGAUUCUCAGGCCAAAAGGGUUCGAGUUCUUGAGCUCUCUCGCAGGUUGAAGCAUCGAGGACCAGAUUGGAGUGGAAUAUAUCAACAUGGUGAUUUUUACUUAGCACAUCAACGUUUAGCAAUUAUCGAUCCUGCUUCUGGUGAUCAGCCUCUCUUUAAUCAAGAUAAGACGAUUGUUGUUACAGUCAAUGGAGAGAUUUACAAUCAUGAGAAACUUCGUAAUCUUAUGCCUAAUCACAAGUUCAGAACUGGAAGUGACUGUGAUGUUAUUGCACAUCUUUAUGAAGAAUAUGGAGAAAAUUUUGUGGACAUGUUGGAUGGGGUGUUCUCUUUUGUAUUGUUGGAUACGCGCGAUAACAGCUUUCUUGCUGCUCGUGAUGCGAUUGGAAUUACUCCCCUAUAUAUUGGUUGGGGACUUGAUGGCUCUGUGUGGAUAUCUUCUGAGCUAAAGGGAUUAAAUGAUGAUUGUGAACAUUUUGAAGUUUUCCCUCCCGGGCACUUGUACUCGAGCAAGAAUGGCGGGUUUAGGAGAUGGUACAAUCCUCAAUGGUUCUCUGAGGCUGUUCCAUCAAAUCCUUACGACCCCUUAGUUCUGAGACGUGCCUUCGAAAAUGCUGUUAUCAAACGGUUGAUGACCGAUGUCCCCUUUGGUGUUCUGCUCUCCGGGGGACUUGAUUCGUCUUUGGUUGCUUCUGUCACUGCCCGCUACUUGGCUGGAACGAAAGCUGCUAAGCAAUGGGGAGCACAGCUUCAUUCCUUCUGUGUUGGUCUCGAGGGCUCACCAGAUCUCAAGGCUGCAAGAGAAGUUGCUGACUAUUUGGGAACCGUUCACCACGAGUUCACCUUCACAGUUCAGGAUGGAAUUGAUGCUAUUGAAGAUGUUAUUUACCAUAUCGAGACAUACGAUGUAACAACGAUCAGAGCAAGCACUCCUAUGUUCCUUAUAUCGCGUAAGAUUAAAUCACUUGGAGUGAAGAUGGUAAUAUCGGGGGAAGGAUCAGAUGAACUGUUUGGCGGCUACUUGUACUUCCACAAGGCUCCGAACAAGGAAGAAUUCCACGUGGAGACAUGUCACAAGAUAAAAGCGCUUCACCAAUAUGACUGUUUGAGAGCAAAUAAGGCAACAUCAGCGUGGGGCUUAGAAGCUAGAGUACCAUUUCUGGAUAAAGAGUUCAUCAACGUCGCUAUGAGUAUCGAUCCAGAAUGGAAGAUGAUUAAACACGAUCAAGGUAGGAUCGAGAAGUGGGUUCUUAGGAAGGCUUUUGAUGAUGAGGAGCAACCCUAUCUCCCAAAGCAUAUUCUGUACCGGCAAAAAGAACAAUUCAGUGAUGGUGUAGGCUAUAGUUGGAUCGAUGGGCUGAAAGCACAUGCUGAACAACAUGUGACUGAUAGGAUGAUGCUUAAUGCUGCACAUAUCUUCCCUCACAACACUCCAACUACAAAGGAAGCAUACUAUUACAGGAUGAUUUUUGAGAGGUUCUUCCCACAGAAUUCGGCGAGGCUAACAGUUCCUGGAGGACCGAGUAUAGCUUGCAGCACGGCUAAAGCUAUUGAGUGGGAUGCUUCUUGGUCGAACAAUCUUGAUCCUUCCGGUAGGGCUGCAAUCGGUGUACAUAACUCGGCUUAUGACGAUCAUCUACCCGAUGUUGGUAAUGGGUAUUUGGACACAACGAUCAUCGAUAAUGUGCCGAGGAUGGUAGGAGUGGGUGCUGCUGCAGAGCUCACAAUAAGGAGCUAGCAUUAGUCUACUAUUGUCUUCAUUACUACUACAUGUUUGAAAUAUUGUUAUUAUUUUUAUUGUUUAUUAUCAUUAUUAUAGGAAAAGAGCAGCAUGUCUUUUAGAUAUCCUGCUGCAUAAAAGAGAACCGAGUAAAUGUAAGACUAGAAUAAAAAUCAAGAUCAUAUAUGGAGGGUUAAUGUAUA